UCUGCCUCGUCGUAGUCUACUUAGGCUUACCUUACAUUAAGUUCAAUUAAUUACAAUCAUAAAAUUAUUAACUUAAUUCUUUAAUGAAUCAGUCACUUAUUUAACUUUAUCAUUUAUCUUCAAACGCAUAACAUGACCUUUAGAACCCUUAUCAAUUAUCGAUUGAUAUAUUGACCGUUGCCGUAAGGCCUGAUAACGUACCUAUAAAAUUCUUAUCAGAAAGUUAGUUCUUAGCCCGAAAAGUUAUUUCUGGACAGUUAAACAUUAUUAAUGCAGUGAAUCGUUUAUUAUCAAAAACCUAAGGUUGUUUAAUCAAAUAUCUAUGGGUCUUUUAAAUAUAAUAAUUUUCUUCUUCGAUCCCUUGGGGAUCAUGCGAAAGUUGUUUUUUCGACCGGCUUUAAAUUUAACUUCCAACAUUUAUGAUCAAUUUCGUACAAAAACCAACAAUGGAGUUCUUACAAUAAAGGAACUUUCCUUGCGGCUAUUUAUCGUCAGCUUUGCAGUUGCCCUAAUCAUCUGGAGUGCAGUUUUUCUUUAUGUAGCUUUUUACUAUGCCUACAUGCCGGCUAUGUCGCAUAUUAGACCAGUUCACAUGCAAUUUAAAACAUGCUUGGACACUAGUGGGCCAUGUACAUUUCCACACGCUCAUGUUGCACUUACAAAAAGGCAACAGCUACUUAUGGUUGGCCAGGCAUAUAAGGUAUCCAUAGAGAUAGAUAUGCCUGAAUCGCCCCAGAAUCAAGAACUAGGUAUGUUCAUGGUUUGUGCAGAAAUGCGAGACAUCGAAUCCCUCCUUCGUGGACAUUCCUGCCGAUCAGCUAUGCUUCGUUACAGAUCACCUUUAAUCCGCACAUUGACUACCUGGGCGCUCAGUCCGCUCUUCGUUCUUGGUCUAAGAGAAGAAUUCCAAAAGGUUCCCGUCGUUAUAUUCUCUCGUUAUCUUGAAGAACGACAACAUCCCAUUACUGAUGUCUAUGUGGAGAUACAAUCGCACAAAAUACAAUUCUACACCGUUACACUUCACAUUAGUGCAGAUUUCACAGGCCUCCGUUACGUUAUAUUUAACUUCCCUGCAAUGUCGGCUCUUGUUGGUAUCAGUUCUAAUUUGUUCUUCAUUAUGAUAGUGUUCAUACUGAGUUGGUACCAUUGGUCUGACACAACCUGGGUGAAGAAUCUGCAAGCCAAGUACAUGCGACUGAGUAGACUUUCUAUGUCAAACAGAUCCUUAAGGCAACGAGUGAAAGGCAAAGAUUCUUUCGAAUCGCCAGCCCUCAGCGAUAAGAGCAUAGUAGACGAUGAUGAUAUAAGCUACUUCGACGAAAAUCCGAUAAGCGACUCAGAGGAAAUAGUAGAGUUAAGCUCUUCACUGGCCCCGAUAACAACUGAUGAUACGAGUAAACCCCAAAAAAGUUUACAAAAACGCCGCAAAGAAAAGGAGUCUUUAUUAAACUCAUAAAAACUCGUAAAUUCCUCAGAUUAGCUAGAAAGCUAUUAUUUAAAUUGCACAAAAAUAUUGCAAAGCACAAAGAUUCAUUUUUUAAUUUAAACUGAAUUCGUUUAUAUAAACUUAUAUUGAAUUCAAGUUUUAGAUUAUAAGAACAUUUAAAUUAAUGUAUUAUACAUAACGUAGCAGAAAUAUUCUUAUCUAUACAUUUGAAUUGAAUAGUUUUAAUAUUCAUUGAAACAAGUUUGUGAUCAGAUUUAAGAAUAACGAUAAAAAACUUUUUGUUUUAUUAAAAGUAAAUUUAUCGAACAGAAACAUAUUUUUUACAAAAUGAAAGAAAAAAUAAAACCAGAUUAACUUA